GACUUAUCCAUUUACGUUGGAUCCCUUUCAAGAAAAAGCCAUUGCAUGUAUUGAAAGAUUGGAAUCGGUAUUGGUUAGUGCUCAUACUUCCGCCGGUAAGACUGUUGUCGCAGAAUAUGCUAUUGCUCAAAGUUUAAAAAACAAGCAAAGA